UUUCGCGAAAGAGUUGAAAAAUUUAAAUUUCAAAGAAGCUUUAGUUAAUUUUUUUAUUUCACAUUGGGCUACUGAUGAAGUGGUGCCAUUUAUUGGCAACAAAACAAUAUACGUCAAUUUCAGAAAAUGUCAUUCUUUCACUGUUGAUAAUUCCAAUAAAGUUGUCUCAAGGAUUGAUGAAGAGUUGUCAUGCCCAGCACACGAGGAAGCAGAUACAAAGAUAGUAUAUCAUGCAUGUAACAUCAACUUUCCAGCAGAAAUAGUAAUAAGAAGUGCUGAUACCGAUAUUGCGGCUAUAAUGCUUGGUAACAUGCAUCACCUUAAAAGUGAUACGGUUGUUUGGAUGCUUACAGGCACUGGCAAUAAUUUAAGGUAUGUAGACCUAACCAAAAUACAUGCAGAGUUGGGACUGUUAAUUUGUCAGAGCUUACCUGGAUUUCAUGCCAUCACAGGUUGUGAUUUUAAUCCUGCGCUCUUCAGAAAAGGAAAAUUAAGACCAUACAAGAUAUUAAAAAAAGAUCCAGAGUACCAGGAAGCUUUCAAGAACUUCGGCAACAACGAAUUAAUUGAAAAUUUAAAUCAUCAACAAAACAUCUUUAAUAUUAUUCAGAGAUUUAUAUGCAAUGUCUACAAUGUCCCUAAUGUAAUUGAUGUUGAUGCCGCUAGACUUCAAAUAUUCAUUGACUCGUACACAGUCUCCGAUGUAAACGAAGCUUUUGACCGAAAGAAGUUGCGAAAUUUUGACGCUAGCAACCUACCGCCUUGCAAAAGCGAGCUAUUGCAGCAAUUUCUGCGAGCAAACUGUAUAUGUACCGUUUGGAAUUAUACUCAUUUAAAAAAUCCAACCACAUAUCAACCAGACAAUAACGGCUGGGUAUUAAAAGAUGACAAAUACCAGUUCAAAUGGGUAAGGCAAGUCGAGAUCGAGCAUGAAGAUUCACUUUUUCUAAGAAUUUUAGGUGAAACAACAGCAUUGCCGCUGUCCUUCUGUCGAUCUGUGGGAUGUCCGGGGGCUUGUCCCCCAGAGCACAUUACAGCAGCAGCCUAA